AUGGAUUACACAUCAAAUUAUCGUUUGUGGAAAGAUAGAAGCGUGGAAGAAAAAUAUCCUGGUAACAAGUACCGACCAUGGCAGUUAGUGGAAAAGGAAUUUUUGACAUGGGAACGCAUAGAGCCUUUAAAUUACGAGGAAAGUGAAGCAAUGCAGCAGCGUGCAAAAAUCAAAAAUACCAAAGAACAACGACAGUUGGUGGAAUUAAAGUGGAUCCUCGCACGAGCAAUGCAAAGCAAGCUUAUUCUGGGAUCCGUUCCAGUGGAAGGCUAUAUAUGCCGCCAUUCACGUGACUCAAGGAUUUUUUUGUCUGAACACUAUUUGGAUGGGGUUAUUGUUAUGUGUGCAAAAAGAGAGUUCAAAACCAUUGAAGAUAAGAAUGCUGAAGGAUGCCUGUUAAGAGUGUCACGAGACUUCAUUCAGGACCUAAUUCCAAAAGUUCACGGGCAUAGCAAUGGAGCAUUGGUGCACAGGAUUAUGAAAUUGCAAAAGAUGAAGGCAAGCUUGAAUCGGUCUCUUAGGUUCCGUAAUCUAAAUACUUCCAUAAAUGGGUAA